AUGAUGCUGUUGUCUGCCGUCCCUGGAGCCAUCAUCCUCCUCGUCGGCGGCUCACUACUAGCACAGUGUCUCGAUCCCACGUUGCCGGCAGCGAACACCUCGUCGUCCUGGACGAACUCGGCCGACGACCAAAUCCGCUACGGCGAUGGCUCCAUCGUCCGCGUAGUGCUCCUCUUGUCGCAUUCGCAUGGCGCCUCCAGCGACGAUGCCGCCUUCGCCUGCGGCUUCUUUUGCGGCGCGCCGUGCGACCGCAAGAGCUUCCUGUUCGGCGUAUUCCUCGUCAGCACGAACAGCACCGGCGGUGUCGCGGCUGCAGCCGCUGCGCCGCCGCCUGUGGUGGUGUGGUCCGCCAACCGCGACAGGCCGGUCCGCGACAACGCCACGCUCCAGCUCAGCGACGCCGGCGACCUGGUCCUCCGCGACGCGGUCGGCGCGUUCGUCUGGUCGACCAACACCUCGGCCGGCCAUGCCGUCACCGGCGUGCGCCUCUCCGACUCCGGCAACCUAGUGCUCUUCGACGACAGUGGCUCCCCCGUCUGGCAAUCGUUCGACCACCCGGCGGAUGUGCUUCUCCCAGGGCAGUACCUCCGCCCGGGGAUGAGGCUGACGGCGAACGCCUCGGCGGCCGACUUCUCCGAGGGCUCGCUCUACGUCUCCGUCGGGAACAACGCCAUGUCCGGCUUCGUUGGACACGAUCCUUCCCAGCUCUACUUCACAGCUCCGGUCAGUGACACCAUGGACACGCUUGCAAACACCAUGGACGCUCCGGUCAGCAUCUCUGCGUUUGGACGGUCGCCUUCUUCCUCGUCGGAAAUCCUGAUCUCGCUGCCCGUGGCGCAUUCAGUUCAGUAUAUCCGUGUUGAGUCUGAUGGACACAUGAGGCUCUACGGGUGGAAUUCAUCGUCGUGGGUGAUCAUGUACGAGGUGCUACAGAAGUACAUCGCCGGCGGCGACUGCGAGUACCCGAUGGCUUGUGGCAGCUAUGGCAUCUGCUCUGGUGCCGGGAAUUGCAGUUGCCCAUCAGAGAUUCAUUCCUCUCCAAUCUACAGAGAUCGGCCAGGUCUCGGAUGUAAGCUGGCGACGCCGAUUUCUUGCCGGGAUGUACGAGGUAUUGAAAUGGUGGAGCUUCCAAAUGUGACGUACUUCAAUUACAACGGCUCUGGAGCAAUCAUGCGUGACAAGGUGACGCGAUCAGAUUGUCUUUCAGGCUGCGUAGCGAAUUGUUCUUGCAAGGCUGCUUAUUUCAAGCUCAGGAUGAACGACACAAACGGCACAUGUUUCCUUCAGUCACAGCUAUUCUCGUUGCACAAACUCCAGACUACAGCACCAAGCCUCUACAACUCCAGGGCAUUUAUCAAGUUGAACAAUAUCACUUUUGCAGAAAGAGUUCGUCCUAUGAAAAAGACGUUCGGGACUAGAAUUCUAGUGGGUAUAAUAAUUGGAACUGUUUCUUUGCUUUUCUCCAUUGCUCUGCUCAUCAGGAUGAGAACCCGCAGAGAACGAGUGGAUGGAGAAAAUAUUGAACAUCUGCCUGGAAUGCCAAGAAAGUUUAGUUUUGAGGAGUUGAAAGUAGUCACUGGGGAUUUCUCCAGCAAGAUUGGUGAAGGCGCAUCUGGGACAGUAUUUGAAGGGAAGAUAGAAGAUGAAAACAUCGCAGUGAAACGUUUGGACAGUGUUGGUCGGCGUAAAGAGGAGUUUCUUACAGAGGUUCAGACUAUCGGCAGCAUUCAUCACGUCAACCUGAUGGAUCUUUGA